UGACACCUCUCGUAGGUUAGCUAACGUGGGCUACCCUGUUAUGGAAGAAGAAGGGGCACGAGCGAGGAGCAGUGUGAGAAAACGGGACUGGCUGAGACUAGUUCUGAGGCGUGAUCUGAAAAGAUAACGCUAUACACCGGAAGCCUGGGGAAUGUCUUCCUGAAGGAAAACAAAAACACCAUAGGGCAACAAUCACGGGGAAAGACACAGUUACGAGCCCAACAUGGAUCCGACAGCUGCGGAUUGUCGGAUAAUUACCCGCUGCCGUCGACGUUAGCUUUACGCGGCUCGAGUUGGACCUAAACGGCGUCUGCACCUCUGCGGGAAUCUUUGUUGGCGGCGUUUUCAUGGGACACAAACCGGCUUUCCCCGCACUCUGUCGCUGUUUGACCGCCGUGACAGCGCCUUCGUCGGCUGCUAUCAACUUGCCACUCACGUCCCCGCAUGUCACGGAUUCCUAACAGUAUUUGCGUGUGUGAUUUUCCUCUGACGACGCAGCAGUCAUGUUUGCCGUCCGCAUCGUCUCCGCAGACUACUACCUGGCAAGUCCCGUCCAAACCCUGGACGUGUGCCAGUCGGAAUUUCGAGAGAGCGACGUGAAGAAGGUGCCGGUGGUGCGGAUAUUUGGAGCGACACCCGCAGGUCAGAAGACGUGUCUUCAUCUUCACGGCGUGUUCCCCUACGUUUACGUCCCGUACGAUGGCUACGGACAGCAGCCGGAGCGCUACAUGCGGCGGGUGGCCUUCAGCAUAGACAGGGCCCUCAACGUUGCCAUGGGAAACCCAGCCUCCAGCACCCAGCACAUCUUCAAGGUGGUGCUGGUCUCGGGCAUGCCUUUUUAUGGCUACCACGCCAAGGAAAAGCACUUUAUGAAGAUCUAUCUGUACAAUCCUCAGAUGGUCAAAAGGGUGUGUGAGCUGCUGCAAAGCGGUGCAGUGAUGAACAAGUGUUACCAGCCCCACGAGGGGCACAUCCCCUACUUGCUGCAAUUCUUCAUGGACUACAACCUGUACGGCAUGAACCUGGUUUAUCUGGCAGCUGUCAAGUUCCGCAGGAGCCACAACAUAGACAGGCAAACUCCCAGCAGUCACACCAGAAACAGCCCCUGGAAGAGCCCCUGCACAUCUAGGCUUAAUGACAGCACUGUGGGGGGCACACAUACCCACUGGGAGGAGCAUGCUUUACCCUGCUCUUUAGUUUUGGAUGAGGUUGAGAAGCAGAGCACCUGUGAGCUGGAGGUUGAUGCUGUGGCUGUGGACAUACUCAACCGCCUGGAAAUAGAAAAUCAGAUUGGCAGGAACCCCGGCCUGCAGGCUAUUUGGGAGGAUGAAAAGCAGAGGAGGAGAGAGAAGAACGAGGCCUCCCAGAUAGAAACGCCGGAAUCACAAGAUCGCGGGUUCGUCACGUUAACAGAGAGCGAGAAGAUCUUCAUGAAGAGAUUGAAGGAGAUUCUGAAAGAAAACAACUUUGACGUCACUCAGACCUCGACCAAGGGUGAUGGAGAGGAGCAAGAGGAGUUUCCUGGUGACCUUAGUCUCCAUUCUGAUCCCCUGACUCCUGCCAAUGCUGUGGAGCUCCACAGCGACUCUCAGCCAGGCUCACAGAGCAGAGCUGUGGUUCCAGAUGAAGCCGUGGUUAAUGAGGAGGCCAUUUUAAGCCUCCUAGAGAACAGUCAGACUUUCCUCCCACUCUCCCAGGCAUCCAACCACUCACCCCUGUUAGACUGCAGCCAGGACCCCGCUGUCAUCGAUCUGCUGGCAGGCCUGGAGGAUGAUGAUUUCUGCAGAACACCUGUCAGGCAAAGUUUGCAAACCCGCACCCUUCCUGGCGCGAGGAGCUACCACUGCAACAGUGAUGAGGAGGAAGCUGGACCUGACCUGGACAAGGAAGAGGCCGAGAUCAGUGUGAUGAUGUCACAGCGAUGGGACAGUGAGGCCCCUGAACACUCAUCCUUUUUGAGGCCCAACAUGAAGGAGGCAGAGGAUGGCUUCAGUGAGUCUGAUGAAGACAUGGAGUGGAGUGGGGAAAACUCCCUUUUUGCCAACCUGUCCAUCCCCCAGCUUGAUGGAGCAGCAGAUGAGAGCAGUGACUCGUCCUUAACCGAUGGCAGCUCCAGGGGCCAGUCUUCUCUCCUAGUGACAGAAAAGAUGCUUGGGAAAAGAAAUCCUUUCCCUGGGAAGACUGUCCACCCUGAACCACCUUCCUCAGCUAAGAUUGUACUGGAAUGUAAGCAUCCUGAGCACAGUCCAGUUCAGGCACUGGGCACUGAGCAAACACUUGACAAGCACUUUCAAUCAAAGAGCAGCCAGGACAGCAAUACUGAAUGUUCACCCGGUUUCAAGGUUAGUAAAGAAAUCCCCUACAUCCCUCCACUUAAGCACCCUAUCCCCUGCAAAAUAGCCAGUUGCCCUGAGGUGUCCUCCAUCAGCGUGGACCAAGAAGACAUCCGCACCCUGUACACCUAUGAGAAGAAGACCUCUAUAGCUCUGGAACAGACAAAUUUAGACCGCUUCCCAUUUAGUAGUGAAAACGCUGCCAAAAGCAGGAAGAAGUACAGCGGUUUAAAGAAUGUAGAAACAAACUGCCUGUCAAUUCUGCAGAACCACAGAACCUUCUCUUUGUGCUACUCAGAGCUGAGGAACUGCUCAGCAAAGGCAGAGCUGGAACUAAGCCAGAAGGACAGUAAGAGCCCUCAUGCAAGGAGCAUCUCCACAGCCCGAGCGCUCAUAGACAAGGAGGAACUCAAUGGUCCUCAGGAGGAGGGACGGGAGCAGGACAGUGAGGAGGGAGAUGUCGGAGAACUCAAAAUCAGGUACGAGGACUAUCAGGACAAUAAAAUGGAGAGAACCAUCGUGGCCCAGCAGGAGGCACACUACAAGUUCUUCCCCAGCGUCAUCCUCUCCAACUGCCUCGGUAAAAAGAAAGCUGGUAGCAAAAUCAUAAAGAAUUACUGCAGCAAGCUAGAACAGGCCCAGCCUCGCAAAUAUAGGCUGAAGGUGAACAAGAAGAGGUUGGGAGUUACAGGGCAGAGAAUGACAUUAAACACGAUUGAAGAUUCAACAUCUGAAAUCAGCAAUGGGCUCACCUGCAUGGUGCCUGAUGGCCCAGUGACUGUGGACACAACCCUGCUAGUGUCAGAGGAGAUGCUAAUCAGAGAGCCUGAGACUAUUCAAGAUGGACCUGUUCAAGAGGAACCUCCAGGCUCCAAGGAGGAGCCGAAGACUCAGGAGUGCUCUGUAAAUGAACACACAGAACCACUCUCAGAGCCCACUGUCACCAACUCCAAACUAUGUUCCUAUUUCUCUGAGGAAGCUGAGGACACAGUAGCAGAUCAGUUAAGCCUAGUGCAAGAUUCAUCUAAAGCCACAAGUUCUAAAUCUUCAGCACUGCCUGCAAGUAAAUACACCCUGAGGGCCAAACGGAAGAUGAGCUAUGAUGGUGAAGAUGGAGAGCACUUAGGUUCCACUCGCUCAAAGAACCCAGCAUUUGGGAAGGUCAAGAACACCUCAGUCCCCAAUGGGCAGGACGUUAAAUGCCAUAAGAGGCGUAAGAAGGAGCCCCCUGUUAUCAUCAAGUACAUCAUCAUCAACAGGUUCAAAGGACAAAAGAACAUGCUGGUCAAGUUGUCUAAACUGAAUAUGGAGGAGCAGGCAGUUUUGCUCACACCAAACAAGUUGGAGCAGUACACCAAACUAGCCCCUCUCAAAGGUUUUUGGCCCAAGGUUCCCGAAUCCACGGCCGUCAAAUUUCCUGUCUCGGAGCCAAAGGCUAAGAAACAGCCCAAACGAAAGCCAAAGGUCACCUCCACCAAUAAGAAACCAGUCAGCACCUCCUCCAGAACAGGCGUCAGGCAGGGAGGGAGGGUCAGGAGGACUAAAGGUUGCCAGGGAGGCCUGGUUCUCCCCUCCCUGCCUCCCCCCCGACCGUGUUACUGUGAGCUAGUGGAUGACCUGGACACGGAGUAUUCUGAUGUCAUGCUGGAGUUGGGCUAUCUGUCUGAUAGAUCCCCCAGCCCCAUAGGCUCAACGCCUCCGCGCUGCUGGUCACCAAGCGACCCACCCACGGACAGCCCGGUACAACUUAUAAACCCACUGAGUGACCCAUGUCUCGGUUCAGCUUUUUACAAGCCGAACACAGGCGUCUUAGCCAAAAGAGCUCAGAAUAGGCGUCAAAGUGGCAAAACUAAGAAAACAGCAGACUCUAAUAUUAAUAAAAGCAAGAAGGCCACUAAGGCUCCAUUUGAAGUAGAGCCUAGAAAAUACAAGACAAGAAAAGGGAGUGAUGCUGCUGCAAGGAAGAGAAAGAAAGCUGACGUAGCUGAAGCCACUGUCAACACCUCUACAAGACCUAGAACGUCUCACAAACGGAAGACUGAGGAACCCAAAGGCCCAGACUUCUGUGAAGACAGGUCACAGAUGUUCUCAGAUGUUGAUCUACCUCAUUCUGAGAGUUCCUCUCAGGGGGUCCCCCCAUUUCAGAACCCUGUGAACACAGACCCCCUCAGCCAGGGCAGCCUCCAGACGGUGCCCUCACUCUGUAACUUUAUGAUGCAGUCUGAAGAAGAACCAAAGUUUGAGGACUGUGAGUCUUCAGUCAAUGAGAGCAGCAAAAGCUUUUCACCAACAGCUCAGAGGAAGCACCAAGGUUGCCAGACUGUGGUCAAGGAGGAGGAUUCACAGGAGGAAUCCAGUGCUGAUCAGGCCCUUCUGGAGAGCAGUAAUGAUGCCCAGCUAACAGUAGCCCCCCCAAACUCAGGCCCAAAGAAUGGGGAGAGUCCUGCUGGGGGCGACACCGGUUUGACCGUUCUAAAACAACUUCUCGAGAAGAGACGGGAAGGACGGCUGCAUCCUCUACAAGUGAGUACAGACGCACAUUCCACUGCCAUGGCCCAGGCUGCAGCAUUACUAGAACCUGCAGCUAAACUUGCUAAACCAAGACGAGCUCUGUCCAACAGUCAGCAGACACCCACAGCCCCCAAACCUCCCAGCCUCAGGGAAAAGAAGCCCAGAAACAAGAAGGUCAAGCCUGGGGCUAAUCAGUCCAACGUCACGGUGAAACAGGAGGGCAACAUAUCCGACGACUGCUCCCUCUUUCCGUCUGACCCAGGCAUGGACAGGUGCAGCUUCAUAGAGGACAGCUUGUCACCAGAGCUGCCCCACAAUUAUGCCUUUGAUAUAAAUGCCAUUGAUCAGACGGAGUUCCCCAGCCCAUACAGCAGUAGCCAGUUCAUGCUAACGGAUAAAAACCUGCCUGUUAAGUUCCUGAGUGAUGUGAGCCAGGAUGCUGUGCUGGCUGAGGCCCUGAGGCUGUCUGGAGCUGGGGAGGAGCAGAGAGCCUCACACUGGGACACACCAAGGCCCGUCAGCCCCGACCUCUUUGAUAGAGCUGCAUCCAAUCACCUAACAUGUCCUGACUCACCGAAAGUCAAGAGUCGAGACUGGGACUUUUCUUUAGGGAAAGCUUACACCCUCAGUCCAUUUGAAGACUUCCAGUGUGAGAGGAGAGAGCUGCUGUUCUCGGUCACAGACCCCGUCCUACCGCUGACUCUAAGCUCUGCGUCGUUCGUUGACCACGACAGCUCGCCAACAGGCGAGCUUCAUGAGGGCCUCGACGGACACGGUAGCACCACACCCAGCAGCUCGCCUCGCUCCAUUAGCUCUCUGUCACAGGUGAGAGCAAGCCAGCUGCUGCGGAGCACGGGGGGUGGCACGCACAUCCUCAAGCCCCUGAUGUCGCCUCCAAGCCGGGGGGAAAUCCUCAGCACCCUGCUGGACCUGGAGAUGUCAGAGGCCACCUUCCAGGAGCCGUUCUGCAGUGACCCCUCUGAUGCCCCUCAGAAGCCAAUGGAGGUCGGAGGUCGUAAGCUAACGGUGACAACCAGGCUUCCCAGAGAGCUGGACGAGUUUAGUGGCGACCUGUCUUUGGAGGGCCUUCGUUUCUGGAAGACUGCCUUCUCAGCGAUGACGCACCCUGCCGCCAGUAUCACCUUAUCUUCCCAAGCCAAGAGAGCUGCCAUGUCAGAGGGUCAUACAGAGCAGGCGAACCCUGAUCAGUCCCCAGCCGGUGACAAGAAGAUCAUCCUUCUGCCCUGUAAGAACCCACCAAGCCGAGGCUGUGUGCAGCUGUGGCUACAAGCCAGGAAACAGUAUGAGAGUUUACAAAAAUGUGGAAGAGAGAGUCGACUGCGGAAAGGGGAUGAUGAGCUUGAUGUUGAGGAGGAAAACCUAGAAAGAUCCAGGCAGCCAACUGCCUCCUGUAGUCCAGCUGUCAGGGUGGAGUGUGGGAAGACCUCUCCCAGUACGUGGACACAGAGGAGAGGUAAACGGAACCUGUCCUUGGUCAUAUCACCUUUGAAGAACACAGGAUGUAAAUCUACUGAGGUGAGUCCAUGUUCGAAUGAGGUUCCUGUGGAUCCAGACUGUGAGGCUGAGGAUAAUAAAACCACUUCUCCAAAGCUGCCUACAUGGCAGCAGUCCUGUCAGCCCGGCCCCUCAGGCCUGCUCCAACCCAACCAAAGCAGGCAAAGUGCCGAUUCACCAAGGCCACUGUCGCCUAGGUUCUCUGGUUCCCUGGACAGAGCAGUAAAUGAUGAGGAGCAGACUAGUCCCCAGCUCGUUCACAGCACGCCUCUCCUCAGGAGGCAGCGGAGAUGCAAGGAAGAUCUGCAGCCACUGUGCAGCACACCCAUAUGUGACGAGAAUCCUGUUUCCCGGAGACUCCAUCAGAGAAGAAGCAGCCAGGCCGACACACUGAGAAGAGUGCUACUGAGCACACAGAUGAAGAACCAAUUUACUGCUUUGAAUGCACCAAAGAAAGAUACCUCCCAGAUAGAAGGGCCCAGCAUUGCCAACUCCUAUGGCUUCAAAGUCAGUAUGCAGAACCUGCAGGAAGCCAAAGCUCUGCAUGAGGUCCAGUACCUAACGGUGAUGGGCAUGGAGCUCCAUGCACGAUCACGGCGUGACCUUGAGCCUGAUCCAGAGUUUGACCCCAUAUGUGCCUUAUUCUAUUGCCUGAAUUCAGACGCUCCCCUGCCUGACGGGGACAGAACGCAGCUGACUGGUGCAAUCGUGGUGGAUAAAGACCAUCGCUCUGACCGAGCUGGACGAGCGACGGCUCCCCUGCUAGUCAGAUCUGGCGUCUCUGGGCUGGAGGUGACGUAUGCUAGUGAUGAGAAGAUGAUGUUUGAAGAGCUGGUCACUGUCAUCAGGAGGAACGACCCAGACAUCCUGGUGGGCUACGAGGUACAGAUGCAUUCUUGGGGCUACCUGCUCCAACGGGCCGCAGCGCUUGGCGUGGACCUGUGUCAACAGCUGUCACGUGUGCCAGGCGACUCCAAAGAGAACCGCUUCGCUGCAGAGAGGGAUGAGUACGGAGCUGACACCAUGUCCGAGAUCAACAUCAUCGGACGCAUCACCCUCAACCUGUGGAGGGUGAUGAAGACUGAGGUGACAUUAAACAACUACAGCUUUGAGAAUGUGGCUUUCCACGUGCUUCACCAGCGCUUCCCGCUGUACAGCCCCCGCACGCUGUCUGACUGGUUUGACCACAACACCGACUUGUACAGGUGGAAGCUUGUCGACCACUAUGUAAGCCGAGUGCACGGCACCAUACGGCUUCUGCAGCAGCACGACAUCAUUGACAGAACCAGUGAGCUGGCCAGACUCUUUGGGAUCCAGUUCCUUCAUGUUCUGACCCGAGGAUCACAGUACCGUGUUGAGUCCAUGAUGCUCCGUCUGGCCAAGCCUCAGAACUACAUCCCUGUGACGCCCAGCAUCCAGCAGCGGGCCCAGCAGAGGGCGCCGCAGUGCAUCCCCCUGGUGAUGGAGCCCGAGUCUCGUUUCUACAGCAACUCUGUGGUCGUCCUAGACUUCCAGUCGCUCUACCCGUCCAUCAUCAUCGCAUACAACUACUGCUUCUCCACCUGCCUCGGCCACAUCGACAGCUUGGGAACGGCUGACGAGUUUAAGUUUGGCUGCACCUCCCUGCGGGUUCCUCCAGAGCUCUUGUACCAACUCCGGAGCGACAUCACCUUGUCACCCAAUGGCAUUGCUUUUGUCAAGUCAACUGUUAGGAAGGGAGUCCUGCCCAGUAUGCUGGAGGAAAUCCUCAACACCAGGAUCAUGGUGAAGCAGUCGAUGAAGUCCUACAAGCACGACAAAGCCCUGAUGAGGCUGCUGCAUGCUCGGCAACUUGGACUCAAGCUCAUUGCUAAUGUCACCUUCGGCUACACCUCUGCCAACUACUCUGGAAGGAUGCCCAGCGUGGAGGUGGGAGACAGCAUCGUGCAUAAAGCCAGAGAGACCCUGGAGAGAGCUGUCAGGCUGGUCAACGACACUAAGAAAUGGGGCGCACGUGUCGUCUACGGCGACACAGACAGCAUGUUUGUUCUCCUGAAGGGAGCCACCAAGGAGCAGGCCUUUAAGAUCGGCAACGAGAUCGCUGAGGCAGUGACUGCAACCAACCCCAAGCCUGUCAAGCUCAAGUUUGAGAAGGUCUACCUGCCCUGCGUCCUGCAGACUAAGAAGCGCUAUGUGGGCUACAUGUAUGAAAGCCUCGACCAAAAGGAACCCCUGUUUGAUGCCAAAGGGAUUGAGACGGUGCGACGCGACGGCUGCCCUGCUGUUUCCAAGAUUCUGGAGCGCUCCAUUAAGUUGUUGUUUGAGACUCGGGACAUCAGCCAGGUAAAGCAGUUUGUGCAGCAUCAGUGUGCAAAGGUUCUGGACGGCCGGGCCAGCAUGCAGGACCUGACCUUCGCUAAGGAGUACAGAGGGAGCGGCUCAUAUCGACCUGGAGCCUGCAUCCCUGCGCUGGAGCUCACCAGGCGUUUGAUGGCGUACGACCGGCGCUUGGAGCCACGAGUGGGCGAGCGUGUGCCCUAUGUGAUCGUGUACGGGCUCCCCGGCGUGCCCCUGAUCCAGCUGGUGAGACGUCCCAUGGAGGUUCUGCAGGACUCCAGCCUCCGCCUCAACGCCACCUACUACAUUACCAAGCAGAUCCUGCCUCCGCUGGCACGCAUGUUCCAGCUGAUCGGAGUGGACGUGUUGAGCUGGUACCAGGAGCUCCCCAGGAUCCAAAAAGUGUCCUGCUCGUCAGCGGUGGCUGGAGAGGAGGUGGGCAGGAAGGGAACCAUAUCCCAGUACUUCACCACACUCCACUGCCCCGUGUGCGACGAGCUGACGCAGCUGGGCGUGUGCUCAGGCUGCCGUGCCGAACCCCAGCGAGUGGCUGUUACACUCUACCAGAACAUGAGACAGUGGGAGAGUCAGCAAGAGCAACUGCUGAAGAUCUGCAGGAACUGUAGCGGCUGUGCAGAGCGGCAGGUGCCCUGCGUGUCCCUGGACUGUCCGGUUCUGCACAAGCUGUCCCGUGUGGGCAGACAGCUAUCCAGGGUCCCCUACCUCCGACAGCUGGUGGAGCAGUUUUGACUGGCUCCCGGAGCCACUCGCUAAUCUGGUGCUAAAAUCCCCCUCCCCCGCUCUCCAUCAGUGUCGGAUUGUCCAUUGAGUUUUAAUGGUGCUUCAAUAAACCCAUUUGGGUUUCCACUCAUACCUCAUUUGUUCCAGGUGUUUUUGUGCAGACUUUGUGAGCAUACCGGGUUCAUGCUCGUUGUUAAAAGGCCAUGCUUUACUGAGUGCAGUCCAGUCAGGGAGGAGGUUCACGUAUCAAGCCACUCAUAAAUAAAAACAACAAUGGACAAUUAUUGGCCUGGAUUUUUAGGUGACUGCAGGCUUUUGUAAAUACCCCGUGUACAGCUCCACCCGUAAUCUCACUGUGCAUUAGUAGAAGAGAAGCAACGCUGCAGCUGUGAAUGCAGUCUCUUACAGGAUGUCACUCAUGUUCCAUUUACCAUUAACCUGAUUGUACUGAUGUCCAUGUUGGCAGAUUUGGCAUUUCACAGAAACUGGAAACUAGUCCAGUUCUUUUCUUUAAAUCUGGGACUGUUGCAAUACUGUAUUUUGAUAAUUUAUGUCUUAAAGAGCCUUUUAUUUCCUUGUGCAUAUGGUUCUUGUAUGUUUCAUAAAAACCUGUCAAGACGGUCGGCGUCUGCUUUUCAGUUCCACGACACAGGAUUUGUGGAUUUGUAUAAAUGUUUUGUUUUCGAUGGACGUUGCUGUGGGUGAAGAUUUGAAGUUGAUAGAAUAAAAAAUCUGUGUAUUAAAAUUAA